AUGUCUGCCUUUCUUCCGGAACCACUGAGGAUGCUAGUCUCCAACCCAGCUCUCUGGGAUUUCUCGUCCGAUGGCCCCAUUCCAUAUGCGUUACGCCAAAAGUUCACGGGGAAUCCACCACUCAUAAGCUCGGACAUCUCAUUUGCUUCGAAGACUGUGCUAGUCACUGGGGUGACAUCCGGCGUUGGUCUCGAAGCAGCACGCCAGCUCGCCCAGCUGGGUCCGCGCCUUCUCAUCCUUGGGGCGAGAAACCUCAGCAAAGCUAACUGCACCAAGACUGAGAUCGAACAGAAUAUGCCUCAUCUUACGGUGCAGGUGGCUGAGUUGGAUCUGGAAGAUCUUUCUUCUGUGGACCGCUUCGUGAAUGAGCUGAAUGCCAACUCGAUCCGUCUAGAUCUGGCGCUUCUCAAUGCAGGCUUUUUUGGUCACGAUGACCGGAUGACCGACGACGGAUACAGUCCGUUGUUUCAGGUCAAUUUUCUCAGCACUGCCUAUCUCGCAUUGAGGCUGCUUCCUCUACUUCGGGAUGCUUCCCGUCUUGUCUUGGUCACCUCCGAGGGACAUGCUUGGACGACAUUCCCUGAUCUUCCCGAAACUGAGAACAAAAGUACUCUGCCAAUAUUGACCAUCUUCCGGGAAAAGAAAACACUUGGCAGUGCAGAUGAUCAGUACUACCGCGCCAAGCUUCUUCUUGCAUUGUUUGGGAAAGAACUUGCUCUUAGGCUAAACGCGGCGAAACUCGACACUACUGUGGUCAUCACCACCCCGGGUUUCUGUGCCUCUAACUUUUUCCCGAACGACGUGAUGACCCGCGUAAUCCAAUUGACCUCCGCUCGCUCCAUUCAGCAGGGUGGGGCUUUACACAUCUUCGCAGCUACGGCGCAAGGCUCCGACAUGCACGGAGCCUAUUUACGUGAUGGAAAGCCGACCCGGUAA